UCGGUGCCCCGCCGUGCCCGCCGGCCCGGGCACCGCUCAGCGGACACCGCGGAACCCCGGGAGGAGCCUGGGCGGGGUGCGGGGUGAGGGACGCGGCGCCGAGGACCCCCGGCCGGGCCGGGCGCAGGGCUGCCUGCCAUGGGCUCAGCAGGGAGCCGGCGCCUGAGGGAGCCCAGCACAUUGGGGACGCCUGAGGGUGGCGUGCUAACCAGCUUUAGCUUCGAGGAGAACCCAGGUGGAAGCAGUGGAGGAGCCCCCAGCCACACAGAUGCUGCAGCCGAGCAGGCGCCGGAGGACCGCUACCAUGGCAUCUACUUCGCCAUGCUGUUGGCGGGCGUGGGCUUCCUGCUGCCUUACAACAGCUUCAUCACUGACGUGGACUACCUGCACCACAAGUACCCAGGCACCCCCAUCGUGUUCGACCUGAGCCUGACCUACAUCCUGGUGGCCCUGGGCGCUGUGCUGCUCAACAACGUUCUGGUGGAGAGGCUGAGCUUGCACACCCGCAUCACGGCAGGCUACCUGCUGGCACUGGGCCCCCUGCUCUUCAUCAGCGUCUGUGACGUGUGGCUGCAGCUCCUGUCCCGGGACCAGGCAUAUGCCGUCAACCUUGCCGCAGCGGGCAUUGUGGCCUUGGGCUGCACAGUGCAGCAAUCAAGCUUCUACGGGUACACGGGCAUGCUGCCUCAGAGGUACACGCAGGGCGUGAUGACCGGCGAGAGCACGGCGGGCGUGGUGGUGUCCCUGAGCCGCAUCCUCACGAAGCUGCUGCUGCCGGAGCGCGCGGGGACGCUGCUCUUCUUCCUGCUGGCGGCCGCGCUGGAGCUGCUCUGCCUCCUGCUACACCUGCUGCUGCGCCGCAGCCGCUUCGUACGCUUCCACACGGCGCGCGCCCCCGCCCGGCACCCCGAGCUGGCGGACCCCGGUGGGUCCCCCCGGGACAGCCCAGCCCACGAGGUCGCGUGUGGCCCCACCUACACGCGCUUUGACCUGCCAGGCACUGGCCUGCGGCGCAGCUGGCCCACCCUGCGAGCCCUGCUGCUGCACCGCUAUGCAGUGGCCCGGGUCAUCUGGGCCUACAUGCUGUCCAUGGCUGUCACCUACUUCAUCACCCUCUGCCUCUUCCCCGGGCUUGAGUCCCAGAUCCGCCACUGUGCCCUGGGUGACUGGCUGCCCAUCCUCGUCAUGGCCGUCUUCAACCUCUCCGACUUCGUGGGCAAGAUCCUGGCAGCCUUGCCUCUGGCCUGGCGGGGCCCACAGCUGCUGGCCUGCUCCUGUCUGCGGGCUGUCUUCAUCCCGCUCUUCAUCCUGUGCGUGUACCCUGGGCGCGCGCCUGCCCUGCGCCACCCUGCCUGGCCCUGUGUCUUCUCACUGCUCAUGGGCAUCAGUAAUGGCUACUUUGGCAGCGUGCCCAUGAUCCUGGCCGCUGGCAAGGUGGGACCCCGGCUGCGGGAGCUGGCAGGAGAGCCGGCUGGCUCAGUGUCACCCCGACCCCAGGGCCCAGUGGGGUCACGUGCCCAGCAAUCCAUCCUGGGACCUGCAUCGUGGAUGGGGGAAGACUUCAGGGAGGGAGCAGCCCCAGGGAGCUCCCCCAGGACCCCAGAUUCCACACUGGGCCCCCCAGAGAAGAUGGGUUUGCCCGGCAUGGUGUGAGCCCGUUUGAGCAUCUCAGCCCCUCUGUGACCUCCUCCCCCUAUACACACCCACAACCACCUGAAGCCAUAGGACCGGGGACCCCCCACACCCCACCUUGUGACUCAGUUUGGGGAAGGGGGCAAAGCAGGGCCCCCCACCCGGGCUGAGCCCAACUCUGACCUGGGCCUUGAUCCCCAGGGAGGGACUGGGUGAUGGGGCAGAGGAUGGGGGUCCCGGCUGGGGAGGGGUCCCUGGGAAGGACUGACCCUCCCUCAGCCCCACUCCCAUCCUGUCCGCCUUUCUGUCCACUCACUACCGCGCUGGCCAUUAAAAGAGACUGAGGCCCUGC